AUAUCUCGAGCCCAUCGGUCUCUUUGCCUUCUUUGACCGUCAUGGCAUACACUUAGUAUCUUUUUCUAGUGCUGGCUGCCAAGCAACAGAAUGCUCCAUUGACCUGCAAACAUCUUCUGACGACCAAAAAUCCUACAUUGAAACGGGAUCACGAAGGCAGCGAAAUGGCAACCGCUGAAAACGAUAACGAAUCCGAUACCCCUACGAGACAAAACUCUCCCGACUCUUCCCGCACCAGGACACGCUCCUUAUCUGCGGCAAAAAUGAAAAGCCAACCCUUUCAGCGAAACGCAGCCACAGCUUCUUCCACCUGGCGGGAAUCAAUCCUGUACGAUGCCGUGGCUGGCCGAGUGACGAGCGACCGGUUCGUCAACGCGAAUGCCCUGCCACCGAGCAGUCGGGAUGUCGUAACGAGCAGCAAGUUGAGCGUGCCGCCUGAAGAAGUGUUGUUUCGUCGGAAAAACGCGCCGACGCGAUACGCGGAGAACGAUAUAUAUUUUGCCGCCUCGUCUGCACUUGACGGCUCUCUACACGAGGGAGACAGUAGCCACGGCGGUCUUCCAAGCUCGGACCUUUUAAAGGCGAUCCAUAGCUACACUGCAGAUUACUAUGACCGGGAUCGCACCGGAGGAGGGAAAGCCCUGGCGGAUUGGAAAAGUAUGGACGAGACUGCGCUGCUGGCCAUGGGCAUCUUGCUUGAAGAAGCGGCAAAGGCGUCGCUGGGCGACGCAGGGGAUUUGGUAUUCGUCGAGGGUGAGGAAGAUGCUGAUGCGAUGAGAAGAUUGCAGGAGGAAGAGGAAGAGAAAGAGGAGAAGAAGAGGCGGGCAGAAGAGGAACACGCGACAGAAGAAGCAGUUGCCCAUGGAUCUGGAAAGGGAAAUAAGAAGAGGAAGAGAACACAGGAAACGAAGAAAAAAGAGAAGCGAAGGAAGAGAAGUGCCCCAUCAGAAUCUACUCGUGACCCUUUUUCGGGAGCGGACAGCGAUUGAUCAAACUCGAUCGGCGACUCUGGAGUAGUCUUUUUUUUUUUUUUUUUUCUUUUU